CGCCCUCACCUUGAGCGCCAAAGCGAUGCCGCUGACCGCGCGCGAGUGGAACGCUGCUGCUGCUUGGAGGAUUCCGACGCUCGCGAGCGGCGUUCUCCCUGUAACGGAAUUUUAACCGACACAUCAGCGCGUCUCUCUGCUGCGCUAGUUUUACUCAGAAGAGGCGAGGAGACGGGAAGAGACGCUGUGCUGAGAUUUUAACUCGGCUUCUGAAGACUGUACUUUUGCGUAAACGCGACAUCACCUCCGCGCUGGCGGUAACAGCCGCCUCCGUCUGGCAGCUCCUCAGAUAUUUUGUCGACAGGUUCGUUAGUGAAGCGUUGAGACUGGCCGCUCCGUCUUUGCAGGGUUCCCGUCUGUUUUCGUGAUUUCAUACCCUAGUCAAACUGCAUUUUAAAACAACAUGGAUCUCCUGAACUGCUCCUCUGUGGAACUCUCUGAUGUUCUGGUUGGCCGGAUCAGCCCCGGUAAAGUCCUGCUUUCCCUGAUGCUCUCAGUUUUGGCUGUGGUCACCACCAUCAUCAACUCCCUGGUGAUCACCGCCAUCUUGGUCACCCGCAAGCUCCACCAGCCAGCCAACUACUUAAUCUGCUCCUUAGCUGUGACUGACCUUUUGGUGGCUGUGCUGGUAAUGCCAGUCAGCAUCAUCUACAUAGCGGAGGAGGCUUGGGUGCUGGGGCCAAUCGUGUGCCACCUGUGGCUGGGCGUGGAUGUUACCUGCUGUACUUGUUCCAUCCUACAUCUGGCUGCCAUUGCCCAUGACCGUUACCGUGCCAUCACUGAUGCCGUGGCCUACUCUCAGAAGCGCACUUCCAGACGUGCAGCCACAACUAUUGUGGUCCUUUGGGUGCUUUCCGUACUUGUUUCACUUCCUCCGCUCAUGUGGAGGAAAUUUCCCAAUCUAAGAGAAGAAGGUGGUGGCCAUGGAGUUGGAGUUAUGGACUGUUUGAUAGAGCAUGACCAUGUUGCCUUCACAGUCUAUUCUACAUUUGGUGCUUUCUAUAUCCCCCUCACGCUCAUCCUGGUACUCUACUACAAGAUCUACCGGGCGGCCCAGACACUCCGUAACCGAAGAGGAAGCAGCCGUUUGGUGCAGCAGACAGUCAACAGUGUCAUGUUAAGUUCAGAAAGAGAGGCUCCUCUCAGUCCAGACACGCUCAGCCCCACUGAGAAGUCUUUCUCUGACCCAUCUACAGAUGGAGACAGAGUCAGGAUUGCGCCCAGUACAGGGCGGGUGGUCGGGAACCGCAGGGCCCCUGGGGCCAGGGAGAGACGUGCAGCUUUGACGCUGGGCCUCAUCCUCGGGGCCUUUGUAAUCUGCUGGCUGCCUUUCUUUCUCAAGGAGGUCAUCGUGAACACCUGCCCUUCUUGUAGCAUCUCAGCCGUUGUUGCAGACUUCUUGACCUGGCUGGGCUACCUGAAUUCACUCAUCAACCCACUUAUAUAUACCAUCUUCAACGAGGACUUCAAAAAAGCCUUCCAGAAACUUCUCCCACUGUGUUGUACAAACUAUCGGUGAAGCAUGUGGAACGCUCUUCCACAUGCUUGUUUUUGGGUGUGACAUUGACUGAUACCCAUGUAUCUUAUUAUGUAUGUUAUUUUUGGGUGUGACAUUGACAGAUACCCAGGGAAAUGACAUCAAAUAGAGACUUUGGUAAAAAAUGUUCAUAAAGUUUUCUUGAGUAUUUUUGAGGUCAGACUGGGGACUCAGGGAUGUAAAAUGGAAUUUACAGCUCAUAUGAUUCACAAUCAGUGCUGCAGAGGGUAGAUGCAUCAAUAAAUAAAUAAAUGAAUACUAAGAGUUGAACUGCUUUUAGUCUGUGGAACGGUUCAACCAUUUUUGGGGUUGUUAAACCAACCACCACAUAUUUUUGAACUGCUUCUUGAGGAACGCUAUAAGGCAGCUCAACACACUUGGAGAACUGACUGCCUAAUUCUGUGUACAUGAGCUGGCAGAUGUCCAUGACUGGUCAGUAUUGUAACUAGACCAUUAGGGCAGAGGAGGUGAGCCAUUCCACUAAUGUACGUUUUUUGGACACUUGGACAUGGAUGAGAUGCAAGUCUCUUAAAGGCAUGGUUUGGCAAAAAAAAAAAAAUCAAAUUUAUACAAUUUUCCAGUUACCCCAAAUGUGGUCAAUCAGCUGAGACAUGUUUGGUAUCCAAAUUAUAUUUCUUUAGCUAAGCACUGGAGCUAUGAGGCUAACGUAGCUAACAGACACUAAUAAAUACAUUCAUAAAACUUCAGCCUGCUAUAAAAAUGAACAAAACGGCUGAACGCAGUGGACAGCCAUUUUAGACAAAGGGUGCUGUGCUGUUGUCGUCUGGGUUCGAUUCCCCGGCUGGGUGACCGGUGUCCUCUCUGUGUGGAGUUUGCAUGUUCUCCCCGUGUCUGCGUGGGUUUCCUCUGGGUUCUCCGGUUUCCUCCCACAGUCCAAAGACAUGCA